AUGGAUUCGACAGGGCCCAAAUCAGACUCUUCGCCUGCGUCUAUUCAGCUGGCGGACGAGGAUUCUGCCAUUCGCGAUUUUUAUGGCAGCGCGAUAUCCCAGUCUUAUCGUCUCAAGUCAGAACUUGUUGCAGAGCAUUUAGCCAAGAUUGGCAUGGGAAAAUUCCAAUACCUCCUCUUCAUCGUAACCGGCUUCGGCUGGAUAGUAGACAACUUCUGGUCCCAAGGAAUCUCCGCCGUCCGACCCCCCGUCUCCAAUGAAUUCACCGACAUCUCGCGCCUCAGUUUCAGUUCCGUCGCCUACUACGUCGGUCUAAUCAUCGGCGCAACCUUCUGGGGCACAACGGCCGAUAUCAUCGGUCGCAAACCCGCUUUCAACACAACCAUCUUCCUCGGCGGCAUCUUUGCAUGCGCCGUAGCCGGAUCUCAAAACUUUGUUACAUUUUGCGCUCUGUGGGCUGUCAUUGGUACUGCUGCCGGAGGGAAUGUACCUGUCGACAGUAUCAUUUUCCUCGAGUUCAUUCCAAAAGAUUAUCAAUGGUUGCUCGUCGGGUUGUCUGGAUGGUGGAAUCUGGGACAGCUGAUUGUGUCACUUCUGGCUUGGGUGUUUCUGGCCAAUUAUGCGUGUGACAGUGAUGAGGCUCCUUGUCCAAGGUCAGAUAACAUGGGAUGGAGAUACAACAUGAUCACCCUCGGCGCAAUUGCUAUUGCGUUUGGCCUGAUUCGUAUAUUCAUCUUCAAGAUCCCCGAAUCACCACGCUACCUUCUCUCCAGAGGUCGAGACGCCGAAGCCGUCGAAGCGGUCAAUUACAUUGCUCGCUAUAACGGAAAGCCCGAGACGCUGACCCUCGCCAUGCUAGAAGAUAUCGACCGACAAGUCAGCGUCAACAACCCCGACGCUAAGAUCUCACCAACAGAAACCACCAAACAGUCCUUGACAGACAUUCUGAAAGAAAGCUUUAGCGACUUCACCGCCGACAAAUACCGUAAACUCUUCAAGGGACGCACCAUGGCACAGCAUAGCGUUGUCAUCUUCCUCAUCUGGCUAACCGUCGGAAUUGGUUACCCCUUAUACUUUGCGUUUAUCACUUCGUACCUCGAGACGAAGUCGUCAUACCAGACCGAUUCGUCGCUCAGCUACACUUAUAAGAUCUACUGUAUUGUUUCGGCGGUGGGUAUCAUUGGUCCUAUCGCUGCUGCAUUCUUGGUCGAAUCUCGCUUUGGUCGGCGAUGGAUGAUGGGCUUGUCUGCUGUAUUGACGGGUGUUUUCCUCUUUGCGUACACGGCGGCGAAGACGCAGACGGCUGAUGUAGGAUUUCAGUGCGCAACUGGAAUUUUGGGUAACUUUGAAUAUGCGGUCAUGUUCGCCUUCACUCCAGAAUCAUUCCCCGGGCCUGUACGCGGAACCGGGACAGGUGUAGCAGCGACUCUGCAGCGUACAGGCGGUUUGGUAGCAUCUCUCAUUUCGACUUAUGGUGGAUAUACCGUGACUCCUAUCUAUGUCAGUGCUGCUUUGUGGAUAGUUGUUGGGGUGUUAUGUUUUGGAUUACCAUAUGAAACUCAUGGCCAUGCCUCUAUCUGA